AUGCAAGGUCGAAGGUUGGCGCCAUACGAGGACGAUGAGCGCGUGGUGUACUACGAUCUGGAGUCGGACUCGCAUAAUCGCAACCUGCUUCUAUCCCCCGACGCCGUGUCUGCUCCCACGCAGCCUCGCGUGACGACGACAACUGCAACAAAAGAAGCAGGAGAAGGCGGUGCCACUCAAAUCUUCCCGCGGCAGCGGCAGCCGCUGUUUAAUCUAGACGACAGCGGGGACGAAGCCGAGAGAGAGGAGGAAAAUCCGUUCGCGACGCUGAUACAGCAGCAACAGACACAGAAGACAGCAACGCUAGUAGCUGAGGCCAACGAGGCUGCAAGUAUAAGAUCUGCAGAAGAAUUCUUUGGGAAUUCGCUCGCCGUGUCAGCUAAUGGACACUCAUCCCAGGAGGAAACAGGACGAGUCGCAGUCAGUAGAGGGGGAACAGACGCCAGCAUCAUUAACGGAAGCAAUCAUCGCUCCAUCCUGAAACACAGUCAGCGCAGUGUGGUGGCUACUAAAGCCGGUACUAGCAUUAAAAAGAAGAAGCUCGGUUUUGAAGCUGCAGAUUCGAGGCCCGAUCGAUGGAGCGCGAGGAAACCUUCAGCUACAGACACGAAAAACCGCCGCAAGUCGCUGGGUGCAAUUCAGAAGCGACGUUCACAGCUAGAAGCGUCUGCUGCCAAAAGGCGAAAAUCGAUGCCACCGAGCCAGCAAAACGUGCUGAACGAGGACUCGUUAUUGUCACAGACCCACGCAGACGAGAAUUCCAUGGAGGCUGACGCGAUUCUUGAUACUGAACGUCAGAUGCGAGCUGAACCGUUUGCACCGCAAAUUUUCUCUCCAACGAAACCUUCAACGGGUGGUAGUAGUAUCGGUCGAAAAUCCAAGGACGAGUCCUGUAUCUCCAAAAUCCGCGGAAGAUUGGGCGAUGUAAUUCGCAAAGCGAUUCGUAAGCGCAACCGAGACGUGACGCUUCUGCGCUCGCACGGCCAGCACUUGCUCCCUCAACAGAGCAGCCAUCCUUCACUGAAGGGAACGAGUGGCGCCAUCGAGUCAAUUCAAGACCGAGCUCAUCAGAAGACGGGCUUCUGGUGGUGUCUUGUAGCGGAAAUUUGGUGGAGUUCGUGGAAACAUGAUAAGAUCGCGAGUUUGAAGCAGCCGUUCACGCCCUAG